AUGACGAUGAAUCCAAACCGCCAUUUUUGCCCAACAGCUGUUAAUUCCUUGGGAAGCUCCUUCUGCGAGUUCCAUGGAAACAGUUCCUUUCGAUUCUUAAGGUACGGCUCAUCAAUUUCGCUCAGGUCACAUAACGGUGCUGCACCAAGUGAUGAAAUUUCAUCGAGGAGAUUCGGUUUCUCUACUAUGAAAAGGGUUAAGAGAUUAUCUUGUGAUGGUAAUAGUAGCAGUAGGAAUGAGAAUUGGAACAGAACCCAGAAGCAGAAUCAGUUUAAACCUGCAAAGGUAGUGUUGAAUCAUCGUAAAGGAGAGAGCUUUUCGGAUUUAAGGGUCACGAGUGGUGAAAACAGUAGUGGAAUUAGCGAUGGUGGUGGGAGUAGUACAAUGGAGAGGAUUGUUGAGAAAUUGAAAAAGUUCGGAUUCGUGGAUGAUGAUCAGUUUCAAGAUGAUGAAACUGAACAAGAGAGGAGGAAGGUGGACGAAUUCGGUUUUCAAGAAGAGAACAUGGAGAACACGAGAGGCGGAUACUCAGAAGAAUCGCCGUUUGGUGCCUAUGGAAGCAAUGGAGAAGUUAAGUUUCCUUGGGAAAAAGUGAGUUCUAGGGAGAAUAAGGAGCUGAUAAAUGGAGAGUGGACGGCGAAGAAGGAGAGUAGAUACUCGCUCGCGGAGAUGACUCUACCGGAAUCAGAGCUUAACCGGUUGAGGAAUGUGAUGUUUAGAACAAAGAGCAAGAUGAGAGUUAAAGGUGCAGGUGUUACCCAGGCUGUGGUAGAUGCAAUUCAUGAGAAGUGGAAGAGCUCAGAGAUUGUGAGACUAAAGAUCGAAGGUUCAAAUGCGCUCAACAUGAGACGGAUGCAUGAGAUAUUAGAGAGAAAAACUGGUGGUUUGGUGAUAUGGAGGUCAGGGACUUCAAUCUCCUUGUACAAAUACAAAAACAACAGCAACGAGGAUGCCUCAGUGAAACACAAGCAGCAAAUAUACAGAAGAGCAGAGACAUCUCCGUUGUCCUUACCUACGAGUGCAAGUACAAUGGAUCAUAGUGUUCAACAAGUGCAUCUUCCUCAGCUAGAGAAGGAGACACCUCAACAAGAUAGGAGACCGCAACAAGAAGUAGAAUAUGAAGAUGAGAUAAAUGAACUGUUAGAGGGUCUUGGUCCUCGGUACACAGACUGGCAGGGAGGUUAUCCGUUACCCGUUGAUGCUGAUUUGCUUCCAGGGAUCGUUCCUGGUUACGAACCUCCUUUCAGGGUACUACCUUAUGGAGUGAGGUCAACUCUGGGACAAAAGGAGGCGACUUCGUUAAGAAGACUUGCUACGGUUCUUCCUCCACACUUUGCUUUAGGUCGAAGUAGACAGAUGCAAGGGUUGGCAACAGCCAUGGUUAAGUUAUGGGAAAGGAGUUUGAUUGCUAAGGUUGCGCUUAAACGUGGUGUACAGUUAACUACCAGUGAGAGAAUGGCUGAGGACAUCAAGAGAUUGACGGGAGGUAUGCUGCUGUCAAGGAACAAAGACUUCUUGGUUUUCUACAGAGGAAAGAGUUUUUUGUCACCAGAAGUAGCUGAAGCAUUGGUGGAGAAGGAGAGGCUUGCAAGGACUUUGCAAGACGAAGAGGAACAGGCACGUCUAAGAGCUUCAUCGGCUCUGGUUGUCACAAGUAUUAAAGCUAAUCAAAACCUUGUUUCGACCGGUACUCUUGGAGAAACUCUGGAUGCAAGUAGUAAGUGGGGAAAGAAUCUGGAUGAUGCUGAUCAUGUGGAGGAAGUGAAACAAGAGGCUGAGAAACAGAGGUCUGCGAAUCUUGUCAGGAAGUUGGAAAGGAAACUCGCUUUCGCUGAGAAAAGGCUGCUGAAAGCUGAACGGGCUUUGGCUAAGGUGGAGGAAUCUCUGAAGCCAGCAGAGCCUAGAACAGACGUCGAGGGCAUAACUGAGGAAGAGAGGCUGAUGAUGAAGUCAAGUAUGUUGGACCUAUGUGUUGUCGACUUGUCUGAGAAACUUGAAUUGAUUGCGUCAGGUCGAAGAGGAGUGUUUGAUGGUACUGUGGAGAACAUGCACUUACACUGGAAAUACCGAGAGCUGAUCAAGAUUCUUGUGAAGGCUAAAAGUUUUGAGGGUGCCAAGAAAGUGGCGAUGGCCCUUGAAGCCGAGAGUGGAGGUGUCCUUGUUUCUGUUGACAAGAUUUCCAAAGGCUAUGCCAUUAUCGUGUACAGAGGAAAAGACUAUAAGCGUCCUUCCCAGAUGAGGCCUAAAAACCUCUUGACAAAGAGGAAAGCUUUGGCGCGUUCUCUUGAGCUCCAAAGACGCCAGGCUAUUAUAGAACAUAUUGCAGCGGUACAGGCGAGAACAGAGCAGCUGAGAGCUGAAAUUGCACAAGUGGAACUUGCAAAAGACAAGGGAGAUGAAGUUUUGUACAACAAGCUUGACAUGACUUAUUCUUCCGGGGACGAGGAGACGGAUGAAGGAGAUGACACGUAUUUAGAUACAUAUGAAGACGAGGGAGAGGAUGGUGAAGAAGGAGGUGAGAUUCAGGCCAAGAGUUUACUAUCUGAUGUUGAAUUUGAGUCAGACGAUGAAGACUGGGAUCCAGAUGAAUCAGACACUGAGUUUGGUUCUGAUUCUGCAUCCUCCACAACAGCAGAAGCAACCUCUGUAGAUCUGCCUAACGUGGAACUUCAUUUGCAACCAUAA